AUGACUGACCAUGGAUUGAUGCUUAUCGAUUUUCCAAAGAGCUUUGUAAGAUUUCCCGUUCAGGACAUCUUUUGCCGUGAUAUCAGACUGACUCUAGCCUCUGCUCUGGAAACAGUUGAACGUAAGUGA